AUGUUUUGUCUCACCCUUCCCUUCUACUUCCCUUCUGUUGUCUCACCCUUCCCCUCUACUUCCCUUCUGUUGUCUCACCCUCCCCUUCCUCUGUGUCCUUCCUCCCACCCACCCCCCCUCCCCCUCCCUCCCUCCCUCCCUCUUUCCCUAGAUAACCAACCGCUACAUCUACGACACAGUGCUGCUAUUGGCCAACACUUUCCACAGGAAGCUGGAGGACAGGAAGUGGCACAGCAUGGCCAGCCUCACCUGUAUCCGCAAGAACUCCAAGCCCUGGCAAGGUGGACGGCCCAUGCUGGACAACGUCAAAAAGGUACUGGUCCAUAUAGGGGGUUAAAAUAAAGAGAUUAAGUACUGGUCCAUAAAGGGGGUUAAGAUAAAGAGAUUAAGUACUGGUCCAUAAAGGGGGUUAAGAUAAAGAGAUUAAGUACUGGUCCAUAUAGGGGGUUAAAAUAAAGAGAUUAAGUACUGGUCCAUAUAGGGGGUUAAGAUAAAGAGAUUAAGUACUGGUCCAUAUAGGGGGUUAAGAUUAAGAGAUUAAGUACUGGUCCAUAUAGGGGGUUAAGAUAAAGAGAUUAAGGUACUGGUCCAUAAAGGGGGUUAUUCUUAGAGACAGGAGUUUAUCCUGACUACCAGACCAGGUUAUAGACCAAGGGUAUUCAAAUCCGAGCCUGGAGGUCCGGAACACUGCUGGUUUUCUGUUCUACCUGGUAAUAAUUGCACCCACAUGCUGUCCCAGUCCUAGAUUAUGGCUUUAUUCCAAAUUGAACCCUAUUACCUAUAUAGUGACUACUUUUGAUCAGGGCCCACAGGGUUUUGGUUGAAGGUAGUGUGCUAUAUACAGUGGGGGAAAAAAGUAUUUAGUCAGCCACCAAUUGUGCAAGUUCUCCCACUUAAAUUAGAUGAGAGAGGCCUGUAAUUUUCAUCAUAGGUACACGUCAACUAUGACAGACAAAAUGAGGAAAGAAAAUCCAGAAAAUCACAUUGUAGGAUUUUUAAUGAAUUUAUUUGCAAAUUAUGGUGGAAAAUAAGUAUUUGGUCAAUAACAAAAGUUUCUCAAUACUUUGUUAUAUAUCCUUUGUUGGCAAUGACACAGGUCAAACGUUUUCUGUAAGUCUUCACAAGGUUUUCACACACUGUUGCUGGUAUUUUGGCCCAUUCCUCCAUGCAGAUCUCCUCUAGAGCAGUGAUGUUUUGGGGCUGUCGCUGGGCAACACGGACUUUCAACUCCCUCCAAAGAUUUUCUAUGGGGUUGAGAUCUGGAGACUGGCUAGGCCACUCCAGGACCUUGAAAUGCUUCUUACGAAGCCACUCCUUCGUUGCCCGGGCGGUUUGUUUGGGAUCAUUGUCAUGCUGAAAGACCCAGCCACGUUUCAUCUUCAAUGCCCUUGCUGAUGGAAGGAGGUUUUCCCUCAAAAUCUCACGAUACAUGGCUCCAUUCAUUCUUUCCUUUACACGGAUCAGUCAUCCUGGUCCCAUUGCAGAAAAACAGCCCCAAAGCAUGAUGUUUCCACCCCCAUGCUUCACAGUAGGUAUGGUGUUAUUUGGAUGCAACUCAGCAUUCUUUGUCCUCCAAACACGACGAGUUGUUUUUACCAAAAAGUUAUAUUUUGGUUUCAUCUGACCAUAUGACAUUCUCCCAAUCCUCUUCUGGAUCAUCCAAAUGCACUCUAGCAAACUUCAGACGGGCCUGGACAUGUACUGGCUUAAGCAGGGGGACACGUCUGCCACUGCAGGAUUUGAGUCCCUGGCGGCGUAGUGUGUUACUGAUGGUAGGCUUUGUUACUUUGGUCCCAGCUCUCUGCAGGUCAUUUACUAGGUCCCCCCGUGUGGUUCUGGGAUUUUUGCUCACCACGGGGUGAGAUCUUGCGUGGAGCCCCAGAUCGAGGGAGAUUAUCAGUGGUCAUGUAUGUCUUCCAUUUCCUAAUAAUUGCUCCCACAGUUGAUUUCUUCAAACCAAGCUGCUUACCUAUUGCAGAUUCAGUCUUCCCAGCCUGGUGCAGGUCUACAAUUUUGUUUCUGGUGUCCUUUGACAGCUCUUUGGUCUUGGCCAUAGUGGAGUUUGGAGUGUGACUGUUUGAGGUUGUGGACAGGUGUCUUCUUUACUGAUAACAAGUUCAAACAGGUGCCAUUAAUACAGGUAACGAGUGGAGGACAGAGGAGCCUCUUAAAGAAGAAGUUACAGGUCUGUGAGAGCCAGAAAUCUUGCUUGUUUGUAGGUGACCAAAUACUUAUUUUCCACCAUAAUUUGCAAAUAAAUUCAUUAAAAAUCCUACAAUGUGAUUUUCUGGAUUUUUUUUCCUCAAUUUGUCUGUCAUAUUUGACGUGUACCUAUGAUGAAAAUUACAGGCCUCUCUCAUCUUUUUAAGUGGGAGAACUUGCACAAUUGGUGGCUGACUAAAUACUUGUUUUCCCUACUGUAGAAGAUAGGGUGUUAUUAAGGAUGCACCCUAUGUAUGUGAAAAACAAGUGAUAUUAUGACAGGGUUGACAAGGUUGGACAUUAUCUCUUCUGUCCCCACUUUUCUCUCUGAGGGGACCUUUGAAAUGGAUAGGAAGUCAGGGACACUGUCUUGGGCAUUGAAGAAAGCCCUGGUGGGGUUGUUGGCGUUGUUGUCGUGUUGAGGUGACAUUGUGUUCUCCAGAGCUGCUGUGUUAGUGCUGUGUCAGCACCUUCUCCAUCCCUGUGGCCGUAGCUCCUGGGGAGUGUGCUGUACCUGUCGACACACAGACACACAUACACACACACACACACACACACAUACACACACAGACAUACACACACACAGUGGCAUUCUCACACCCUGCCCUCUGCCGUGAGCCACGUGAGCAGACAGUGAAAGUGACACCGGCCCUGCCGUAGGGAAGGUGAGCCAGCAAAAGUCGCGUCCCAAUAAUUCAGUCCCUCUCUAACCAGUCCUGGGACUGGUUAUGUGCGUGAGGUGUUCUCUCCUGCAGCUGCUGCCGGCUGUUGUAAUAACUGUGGUAAUGUUAAUGUUGCUCAGUUGUUAGAGCAUGGCGUUUGCACCGCCAGGGUUGUGGGUUCGAUUCCCACUGGGGGCCAGUAUGAAAAUGAAUGCACUCACUAACUGUAAGUUGCUCUGGAUAAGAGCUUCUGCUAAAUGACUAAAAUGUAAAAAAAAUGUGUAUGCCUUGUUAUUUUACUGUAAGCCAGCGACGUAAUGGGCCCAUAUUUCAUUCCCCACGGUGUCCUCAUUGGUUCACUGUUCUACGGCUUCAUUAGGGGAACAGGCUGUUUAUUGGCUUUUCAAUGCAUGCGUUGGGGUGAGCUCGCCCGGAUACUGCUCAGCUCUCCUAAUUGGCCAGCUAAUUAAUCCUGUCAGCGCAGUAUUGGUGCAAUACAUUUACAACAAAAGUCUUUGUGUUAAUUAGACCUUCAAUUUGGGGGGGGGGGGGGGGGGGGCUAUGAAAGGCUACGUAUGGUGUGGUGCUUUGUUCGUGGCAGACCUCUUUCUGUGUAAGCCCGCUCUCAUUUUGCAAAAGAAGGACACAAUAAGAGUAAACUAACAACAGGCGAUUAUUAUCAUUAUGAUAAUGUAACAGGCCACAUGCAGAUGAAUAAAUAUGUUUCCCAAUACGGGAAUAAUUAUAAUCCACAUAAUAAUUCAAAUUUCCUGUUGCUGCAGGAUUAUUUUCCUGCUGUAGCAAACUGGCUCAAAUUAAGAUACUACAUCUGUAUCUACAGGUAAUCACUCCACAAUGUCUAGGCUGGAGGAUUGAAGAUGUCUUACUAUCUAUCACAUAUUUCUUCCAAUGGGCCCGUGCAAUAGCAGAUGUUCUCCAGAGUGACAAGAGACCUUAUAAGAACCAUUUUCAAUGUUUUAUGACUUUUUCUGGGACUAUUUCUAUGGUAGUGUCUUUGACCUUACUAAUCACUCCUGUACGGUGUCCAUAUUAGGACAGACUCAGUCUCAGCAGGAAUUGUUUUAAUCUCAGCAGGAUUUACUAAAAACACUCUGACUUUGUGUUUGUGUUUGUGCUGUGCCCUACAGUCUGGAGUGAGUGGUCUGACUGGCUUCCUGGAGUUUUCAGACAACGGAACCAACCCCAACAUCUACUUUGAGAUCCUGGGGACCAACUAUGGCGAGGACAGGGGCAGGGGUGUCAGUAAGGUAAGAGAACACAACGUUAUUCUUGAUCAAAUGAUCUUGGGUUCGGUUCCCGCUGGGUCACCCAUAAAAAAACAAUUAUACACGCAUAACUGUAAGUCGCUUUGGAUAAAAGCGUCUUCUAAAUGCCAUAUAUUAUUAUUAUAUUAUUAUUAUUAUUAUUAUUCAAACGUUCUUGUUCCUGUUGUUGUUAUUGUUGUUGUUGACUAUUAUACACAGCGUGUUGCUUGAUGUUUAUAAAACAGCAACAUUUUCUCUCAGCCUCAUGACACAAUGUGUAGAAUAGCAUGAGAUUAGCUAUAAAUCGGCAACUUUUUCCCUCUGCCCUUUGGCAAAAUGUGUAGAAUUGCUAGAAGUUUGCUGUUUUCCCCAAUAAAACAGUUUUCCCAAAAUUAUUAAAUACAAAAUAAAUAUUGCGAGGGGGGGUUAUCUGACCUUGCGUAG